AUGGAUGGCAUGCACCUCUACAACCUGACGCUGCAGCCGUCCGGCAGCGUCCAUGCGACAGCAGUAGGGCAGUUCUCCGGAACAAGGCAGCAAGAGAUCGUAGUCGCAAAAGGCAGUCGUCUCGAACUUCUCCGACCAGACACGCAGACGGGCAAAGUGGAGAUCAUCGUCUCCUCGGAUGCGUUCGGUGUGAUCCGCAGCCUCGCCGCCUUCAGGCUGACCGGUGGAUCCAAGGACUAUCUCAUCGUCGGCUCCGAUUCAGGCCGUAUUGUGAUCCUCGAAUACCAGUCCACCAGCAACUCGUUCGACAAGGUACACCAGGAGACGUUUGGGCGCUCAGGUUCGCGCCGCAUCGUACCGGGCCAGUAUCUCGCCACCGACCCAAAGGGACGUGCGACCAUGAUCGGCGCCAUGGAAAAGGCCAAGCUCGUCUACAUCCUCAAUCGCGACGCCGAGGCCAACCUCACCAUCUCGAGCCCGCUGGAGGCCCACCGUCCCAAUGGCAUCAUUCACCACAUCGUCGGCGUGGAUGUGGGAUUCGAGAACCCGCUCUUUGCCUGUCUCGAGGUCGACUAUUCGGAGUCAGAUAGAGACGCAUCAGGACGAGCGUUCGAAGAAGCCGAAAAGACCCUGACGUACUACGAGCUGGAUUUGGGGCUCAACCAUGUGGUGCGCAGGUGGGCAGAGCCGGUGGACCCGCGCUCGAAUCUGCUCAUCCAGGUGCCGGGCGGCUACAACCAGAACCAGGAAAAGUGGGACGGACCCAGCGGAGUCUUGGUCUGCAGCGAGGACUACAUCACCUACAAGCACCAGGACCAGCCGGAACACCGCGUGCCCAUUCCGAAGCGCCUCAACCCCAUCGAGCGCCCCAACGAGAGGCGGGGAACGCUGAUCGUCGCGAGCGUGCUGCACAAGAUGAAGAACGCCUUCUUCUUCCUGGUGCAGACCGAGGACGGCGAUCUGUUCAAGAUCACCAUGGACCACCAGGACGACGAGAUCCGCGCACUCAGGAUCAAGUACUUUGACACGGUGCCCGUCGCCUCGGGGCUGUGCAUCCUGCGAUCCGGAUUCCUGUUUGUUGCGUCCGAGUUCGGGCCGCAACUGCUGUACUCGUUCCAGAAACUGGGCGACGACGACGAGCUGCCCGAGUACAUCUCGACGGACUACGACGACUACGGCGCGGGGCGGAGGCGGCCGCAGCUGCCGACGUUCACACCGCGUCCGCUGGACAAUCUGGUGCAGGUGGACGAGGUGCCGAGCCUCGACCCCAUCCUGGACGCCCUGCCGCUCAACCCGCUCGCCUCGGACUCGCCGCAGAUCUUUGCGGCGUGUGGCCGCGGUGCGCGCAGCAGCUUCAAGAUGCUGCGGCACGGACUCGAGGCGCUCGAGGCAGUGAGCUCGGAUCUGCCCGGUGUACCCAGUGCGGUGUGGACCACCAAGAUCACGCGCCGCGACGAGUACGACAGCUACAUCAUCCUGAGCUUUGUCAACGGCACGUUGGUGCUGAGCAUCGGCGAGACGAUCGAGGAGGUGUCGGAUAGCGGCCUGCUCACGUCGUCGGCGACGCUGGCGGUGCAGCAGCUCGGCGAGGAUGCGUUGCUGCAGGUGCAUCCGCACGGCAUCCGACACAUCCUGGUGGACAAGCAGAUCAACGAGUGGGUUACGCCGAGCCUGCCCAACGGCCGACAGACGACGAUCGUGGCGACGUGCACCAACGAGCGCCAGGUGGUGGUGGCACUCAGCAGCAACGAGCUGGUGUACUUUGAGCUCGACAUGGACGGUCAGUUGAACGAGUACCAGGAGCGCAAGGCGAUGGGAGCGCCCGUGCUGACGAUGAGCAUGCCCGAAUGUCCCGAGGGUCGACAGCGCACGGCGUACCUCGCGGUGGGCUGUGGCGACUCGACCGUACGCAUCAUUUCGCUCGAGCCAAGCUCGACGCUGGCAUCCAUAUCGAUCCAGGCACUCACCGCGCCUGCGUCGAGCAUCUGCAUGGCCGAAAUGCACGACAGCACCGUCGACCGCCACCACGCCACGACGUUUGUCAACAUCGGCCUGCAGAACGGCGUGCUGCUGCGCACCGUGCUCGACGGCGUCACGGGCCAGCUGACGGACACGCGCACGCGCUUCCUGGGCAGCAAGGCCGUGCGUCUCGUGCGCACCAGGGUGCACGGUCAAACGGCCGUCAUGGCUCUCAGCACGCGCACGUGGCUUUCGUUCACCUACCAAUCGCGCGUCCAGUUCACGCCGCUCAUCUUUGAUGCACUCGACCACGCAUGGUCGUUUAGCGCCGAACUGUGUCCCGACGGCCUCAUCGGCAUCGUGGGCAGCACGCUGCGCAUUUUCACGAUCGCAUCGCUCGCGAGCAAGCUCAAGCAGGACUCGGUCGCGCUGUCGUACACGCCGCGGCGCAUGGCAAGCCAUCCCGACGGCCAGGGGUUGUUCUACGUCGUAGAGGCGGAUCACCGAACGCUGUCGCCCGGCGCGCAGAGGAGACGCGUCGAGGCGCUUGAGAAGGAGCUAAAGCCGCACCAGCGAGGCGUGCUCGAUCUGGACCCGGCCGAGUUUGGCUCGAUCCGCGCCGAGGCGGGCAACUGGGCGAGCUGCGUGCGCGUCGUCGACGGCGUCAAUGCACAGACGACAUACAGGAUCGAGCUGGACGACAACGAGGCGGCAUUCAGCAUUGCUGCGGUGCCGUUUGCGAGUGCGGACAAGGAGCUGUUUGUCGUCGUCGGCUCGGCGGUCGAGGUGGUCAUGUCGCCGCGCUCCUUCAAGAAGGCGUAUCUCACAACAUACCGUCUCGGCAACGGCGGUCGGGAGCUGGAGGUGGUGCACAAGACCGAGGUGGACGAUGUGCCGCUGGUGCUGCGCGCGUUCCAGGGCCGUCUGUUGGCGGGCGUGGGCAAGGCGCUGCGCAUCUACGAGCUGGGCAAGAAGAAGCUGCUGCGCAAGUGCGAGAACCAUUCGUUCCCAACGGCGAUCGUGGCGUUGGAUGCGCAAGGCUCGCGCAUCGUGGUGGGCGACAUGCAGGAGAGCGUGAUCUUUGCGUCGUACAAGCCGCUCGAGAAUCGGCUGGUGACGUUUGCCGACGACAUUAUGCCGCGGUACGUGACGCGGUGCACGAUGCUCGACUACGACACGGUGGCGGCGGCGGACAAGUUUGGCAACGUGUAUGUCGUGCGCAUCGACACCGACACCAGCCGCAGUGUCGACGAGGACGUGACGGGCAUGACCACAAUGCACGAGAAGCCGCUGCUGAUGGGCGCCGCGCACAAGGCGACGCUGCUGGCGCACUACUUUGUGGGCGACAUCAUCACGUCGCUUUCGCGCGCCGUCAUGGUACCCGGAGGCCGAGAGGUGCUGCUCUACACGGGCAUCAGCGGUACGAUUGGUGCGCUUGUGCCGUUUGUCAGCAAGGAAGAUGUCGACACCAUGACGACGCUCGAGAUGCAGCUGCGCCAGCAAAGCGACAGCCUGGUCGGCAGAGACCAUCUGGCGUACAGGAGCAGCUAUGCGCCCGUCAAGCACGUCAUUGACGGCGACCUGUGCGAGUCGUUCGGCCUGCUUCCACCCGCCAAGCAGAGCGCCGUGGCUCAGGAGCUCGAUCGCAAACCCAGCGAGGUCAACAAGAAGCUCGCCCAGCUCAGAGAAGGUGCCACUGGCUUCUGA